AUGCCACGGAUCAGCAAGCCCUGCUUCCACAACAGCUGCCCGACGCUGAUGAAGUGCUACUGCCUGGCUUUCUACUACCUCCCGACCCUGCUGGACCUGGGUGGCUUCCACUUCGACCGGGAGGAGGGUGGGUACCGCCUGACGGCCCUGCAGGCCUUCGUCUACCCGGCAGCGACGCUCUUCCACCUCGUUGCCUCCUUCCUCCCGAGCUUCAUCUACACGUCCGCGACCGAUGGCAAGACCUUCGAGUACAUCAUGCACUUCCUGGAGGCGUGGGUGGUCUACACGGCCCUCCUCGCGCGGCUGGUAACGCUGGAGCCCACGCUGGUCGUCCUCCUCGGCUGCUUCUGCAACGUCCACAUCCUUUACAUCCUCUCCCAGACGCUGGAUGGCAUCGGGAGGAGGACCAUCGUCGGGGGCUCGAUCGUCCGCAUCGCCACGGACCUGCUUCUCAUGUGCCUCCCGGUCUCGCUCUCCUUCAUGGGCGGGCACGCCAGGACCCACCCCAAGGACCUCGUCCUCGUCGUCUUCACCCCCGAGCUCUACGGCAUCGUGGUGGACGUGGUCAAUUCCGUGUGCGACGGCAUCCUGCGUGCGUUUACGGGGGUCUAG